AUGGGCGAUGCCGGAUUCUACAGGGGAACAAACGCCGAUCAGGAUGGCCGAUUCUCGGACAAGGAAAAGAAAUUGCUGCGAACGAUGAAAUUCGAGGAUGCCCUGGAGAGGAAAAUCAAUCGAUCCAAGAUCAAUUUGGAUGUGAUCAAGCCAUGGGUAGUGAUGCGAUUGAAUGAAAUGCUUGGGAUUGACGAUGAUGUGAUCACCGAGUACGUUUUCACGCAACUAGAGGAACCCGAAUUGAAUCCGAAGAUCAUUCAAAUCAACAUCACCGGAUUUCUCAACGCUCGUCGAGCACGGGAGUUCAUGGGCGAAUUGUGGAGUCUUUUGAUCGAGGCAGAGGAAUCAGAAGAUGGAAUUCCAAAGAGUUUGAUCGAGAAGAAGUUGAGUGAGUUGCAUUCGAGAGAUUUUGCCAAGAAGCAAACCGAAACGAAGGACAACGUUGCGAUAAAAACGGCUGAGAACGAUUGGAAGCAUCGCUACACUUCGUUGAGUGGGGGAGUGUACACAGGACCGAUGAUCAAACGAGAAAGAGAUGACAGAAUUUAUUCGGAUAAGGAUCGAGAACGCCCAAGAGAUGAUGCUCGUGACAAUGUUCGAGAACGCCCACGAGAUGAUGCUCGUGACAAUGUUCGAGAACGCCCAAGAGAUGAUACUCGUGACAAUAUGACGGAUGAUGCGCAUAUGUCGUCGGGAGAUGAAAUGGAACAAACUGAGAUGUCGGCAGCUGAGAAGGCAUCGAUGGACCGAAAGAAACGAUUGUUAGCGAUGAGAAGCCGUAUCAAUGGAGUCGAGAUGAAAGAGGAGGACUAUCAAGAAGGAGACGAACUCACAAAGAGAAGUCAGCAAAGUGAACGAACUUUCCGCAACUAUAAUCCAUCAUCGGAAGAGGUCGCCAAAGGCGAAAACGCGACUUUCGACUACAAUAUCGUCGAGAAGGAAAUCGCUGAGCAUUUGGAGGACACACAGAAUACAGAAUUGCCUGAACAAAUCGAUCCCUCAACUCUGCAACCAAAGAAAUUAGACUGGGAUUUGAAGAGGAACAACGAGAAACGAUUGCAGAAAUUGGAGAGAAGAACACAAAGAGCCAUCGCUGAGAUCAUUCGAGAAAGACUGCGCGAAACUGGAGAUCUUGCAGCCGCUUUUCACGCAAGCAGUAAAGCCGACGAAGCCGACGAAGCC